AAGAUCUUCUCCAUUAUUCCUUUGGGGAAAUAUAUUCUGCCUUUUUAAUAUUCCCCAAAAUAUUUCUUUCUCUUUCCACAAUAGUGAUAUAAUUAUGAAGAAAAAUAUUGCCCUUUUUGACUUGGUUACAUGAUACCACAGGAAACCCCCCCCCCAAAAGCUAUCGGUACCAAACCAAGUCAAAAAGGGCAUAUAUUCAGGAUGUGUGUUCAUCCUUUAUUAUGGUUCUCCUACUUUCAAUAAGAGUAGAGCUAGAAACCCUUAUAUUUGUUCCAUCUGUUUUUUUGUCACUUUAAAAUUUUUCCCUUUUAUCCUCUCCCCACUUUUUCCUUUAUGUUAGUUUGUAUUUUACUGGGGUUUUUUUUUUAAAAAAAAAACAAAAACAAAACUUAACCUAUAUAUAAAAUGCAUAAAUAUAAUCUCUUUCAUAAAGGGAGUUCUCAUAUGUACCGUGAGCUACCUUUGGACAUAUGAGGAUUAGUUUUGGCUUGUUUUCCUUUUUGCCUUGCCUUGUUAAAUAUGCCAUUUUUAUCAUUUUAAUUUACUGCUUGUAUUUUAACAGGGAAUUCUGCAAAGCUAAAUGCUGAUAGAUUCAGUCAUAAUAUUUAUUUAAAAAAUAGGGACUUUUGUUGAAUCAAUAGACUUAGAUAAUUUCAGUUACAUUUGGCCUGGGAAUAUUUUGCUGUCUCUUCUUUCCUCUUUCUUCCAGUCAUGGGACUGAAUCCAAAGCCUGUCUGUGGGAGGAAGUAUUUGCAAGACCUCUGAUUCAUCUCUCAGCUGUAUUAACUCUCCCUUCCCAUUUGUAAUUGUGCAGUAACAGAGCCUUGGUGUUUUCAAUGUUAAUCCUGCUUAGUUAGGCUCCUUAAAUAUGAUGGAAUUUCUUUGGCUCUAUUGUUUUGGCUAAUAAAUCUGGCAACUGACUGGACAAUUGUCCUUAAUUUGCCUCAUUAAAAGUGGAAAUGUAAUCUCUUUUCCAGGUUCAUUAAUUUUUUUAUCUGCUAUAUUGUGCAGUACAUAAAUGCAUUGCUCCUUUCUUUGGAGUUCUUACCACUCUGUAGCUUGGUUAUUUGCUUAUAGAUAUUUUGUUAUUGAUACAUACUGAUGCUACCUAGCUGGAUAAUGAAAUGUCUGCAACAACCAAGACCAGAAAGCAUGAAAAAACUCCACAAUUCCACCCCGAGUUACAAAUAUUCUUAUGAUUCGCUUAAAAAGAGGUACAGAACCUUCUGUUGCUUAUCACCCUUCCUGGUAUCUGUCAGCAAUGAGGGAAACCCAUUUUACAUAUCUCAGAAUAUUUACCAAUCUACGGUAGAUAUUUUUUAUAUAUAUAUAGUAUUUUUUUAAAAAAGAUCAACCUGUUUCAGAUAUAACCAUGAUUUUGAUUCACUGUGUGAGAUUGCUUUCAGGCAGACUUUAAUGUGCAGUGUUCUUUGUAUAAUUUUAUGGACAUAUGGACAUUAUUUUCUUUUAAUCAUUCUGUUUCACCCUCAUCUUUUUUUCCUCUUGGCAAAAAAGCUAUUUAGAAUAGAGCAAAAAUGGGCCUGUCCCAAAAUAUGGAUGUUCCAUAGAUAUUUGCUCCUUUAUUUUUUAGCUAUGUGUGGCUUUCAGACUAGAAUAAUAUCCAUUAUCUUCCAUUACUCUGUCUCUUCCCUGGUUAUUUACUUUAAAAAUACAUAUAAAUAUAUUUUGCAUACUUCCACACCUGUCUUUAUUUUAUUUGGGGGAAGAUUGGAAUCCUUUUGAAGUACUCCACACUUUAUUUCCAUCUAACUUUUCAUUUACUCAUUCAUUCCUGUGUGCCAGAACAGUAGUACUUGUAAGAGGUGCUCAAAGAAGUUGCUAGGCUUCCAGGAAAUAUUAUGUUGGAUCCAUUGCUCAAUAUAUGCAUAUUUUGUGGUGUAAGGUUUUUAGGUCAAAUCCUAAUAAAUCCCAAUGAGAUUCUGAACACGAGGCAACUGAAAAGAACACAAAUUUAUUCUUUUGAUCAAAGGAAUAAACUGGGUGUUUCAAUCUCUUGUCACGCGCACUGCUAUGAGACAGAGAACAGUGAGAACCACCUACCAGAAAAAUUCUGCUUUUUAUAACUAAUACACAUUACAAAGUUCCUGCACAUCAACAUUUCCUUUGAGUUUCCUUAUCUAUUCAAGCUCAAUUACAUUUCUGUAUCUCUAAGCCUGAAUACACAAUAGUUCAAUAACUGGCAAUUAGCCCAGAAACUUAACUUGUUACUUCUAGGCAGCUAGCUAGGGAAGUGAAAGAAAAGCUGCUACAUUUAUGAUCCAAGGAGAAAAAAAAAAGGGAGGAGGGGAAGAACGAAGUGUUACAGAUUCUUAGCUACUUUCUCUAACUCUUGGAACAACACAGUUUAAAGUAACCAACAGUUUCUUUGGUCAGCACAAUUUAGAAUACAAUGGAGCACAUACAGAAAGCAAGCAGCAAUAAAUGAACAACAGCUGGGCUAUGUUACACAUGAAAGAUUGAUUAUGCAUAAAAUUAUACAUUUUGAAAGAUUAUACUUUGCUUGAUCUCUUCAGUGGGACACCAUAUUGCCCUUGUUGAUCUCAAGAACCCUAUCAUUCAAAGUCUCAUUGUGAAUAUUAUUGCUUUAUAUUGCACAACAUGAAAAUAAGACUAUAAAAGGGCUAAAAAGUGAUUUUUAAGGAUGUUUACAUUUUGGAAUUCCAUCUUUUUUUGUGUAAAGAUUAUGUAUGUAGAGAUGCAAGCACUUUCCUGUAUAUAGUCAAUUUCCAAUAACUUAGGCAAAUGGACAGGAUUUGACAGAGGAGAAACUAAGGUAGAUCAGAUGUUAGCUUACAACCUAUUGUGAACUUAAUGCUGAGAUAAUUGGUGACAUUCUACUGUCUUUUAUUUCCUGUUUCUUCCAGUCCUUGAGAGUGAAUAAGAAUUUUCUAGUCCUCCACUUUAUCUCUGUUGCAUCAACUCACCCCUUCUAUAAGUCAUUCAAAUAAUAUUAAAUAAAAACAAACUAUAUAGAUUUAGUGUUGCAGCUCAACAAAUGACACAUAAAACGCAUUCAAACAGGAAAGACAAUAAUAUUUGUAAAAAUAAUAAAGGGAUGCAAAUAAAUAAAGCAAACAAUUCUUAUCUGGAUAUAUCUGAGUUUUUGUCCUCAGAAUGAAAUUGUAUUUUUCAUCAUUGCGUUUCAUUUGCGUUUGAGCAGCUCAAUCUCCUCACAAGAAAAGGAGAGUAAGGUUGCUCAACAAGUUCGCUGUUUCAGGUAUCAUUACCAAAUUGUUCCUCCAUUUCUCUCUCCUCCCCCCCCCCCAGUCGUUCCAAAUACGGUCUGUUUAUUGUUUUAAGAGUCGUAUUUUCCAUGCAAGGCCACUAGAUGGCACUGCGGGAGCGGCUUCCAAACGAGCACCCCCAUAUUCGCAACGUUUGGAGGCAAAGUUACCUGAGGAGAGAAUAGCAGCGAGAUUUCGCAGUAACUUUACAAAUCCUUCUCCGGGGGGGGGGGGGUGGAGCGAAAAGGAAAGCAAAGCGGGCGCUCCAGCCGGACUUGUGAAGUAUUGUAGCUCUUCUUCAGCCGCUGUCCUUUUACACAAAUAGGACCACCUACGCAGAGCUAUUUUUGCGAUCUGCUGAAGUGGGAUAUGCGUAGCAGACUCUCCUGGCGGAAAGUGAAAAGCUGCUCCAAUGCACAGAUGCAGAAGAUGGCUUAGCAACAGACCAACCUUCUCCCAUGCUGGGGUCCCUCUGUGCCCGGACUGAUGUGAAUCUUUUGUUUUGGAUUGAAGAAACUUGUUCCGAAAGCCAUUCUUCCCUAAUUCAUGAGCCAGCAGGAUGUGAUCGCCGUCCUUUCAGAACGCCUUCUCAUAGCUGCCUACAAAGGGCAAGUGGAUAAUGUGGUGCAGCUUAUCAACAAGGGUGCCAAGGUAGCUGUUACCAAGCAUGGGCGGACACCUCUCCAUCUUGCAGCUUACAAGGGUCAUCUUCAUGUGGUCCAGAUUCUGCUCAAAGCAAGCUGUGAUGUGGAUCUUCAGGAUGAUCCCCUAUUGGAAUCCAGAUGCCAUCUCUGAUUGGUCAAUGAGUGUUCACACAGCACAUACCCCAGAAAUAGUCAAGGGAGCAGUGGUCCUGGUCAAAGAAGUCGAGGAAGAAAAAGAUAAGAAAAAACAGAGGAAAAAGGCUAGAAAAGAUCCUAGAAGAUUGCAAAGAGAGAAAGAGAGUGAUCAAACAGCUUUGCACCGGGCGACUGUUGUAGGGAACACAGAGGUUAUCUCAGCUCUUAUCCACGAAGGGUGUGCAUUGGACAGGCAAGACAAGGAUGGGAACACAGCUCUUCAUGAAGCCUCUUGGCAUGGAUUCAGUCAGUCAGCCAAGCUGCUUGUUAAAGCAGGAGCUAAUGUCCUGGCUAGGAACAAGGCAGGUAACACUCCACUGCAUUUGGCCUGCCAGAACAAUCAUUCUGAAAGUGUGCGAGUUCUACUGCUUGGAGGCUCUCGGACUGAUAUCAAAAACAAUGCAGGAGACACCUGUUUGCAUGUUGCAGCUCGUUACAAUCACUUACCAAUCAUUAGGGUGCUGCUCACUGCUUUCUGUUCCGUCCAUGAAAAAAAUCAGGCUGGAGAUACAGCACUUCAUGUAGCUGCUGCAUUGAAUCAUAAAAAAGUGGCAAAAUUGCUAUUGGAAGCUGGAGCUGAUGAGACCGUAGUUAACAGUGCUGGCCAGACCCCCCUGGAAGUUGCCCGGGAACAUAACAAUCCUGAAAUUGCUCUUCUGCUUACAAAAGCCCCUCAGAUUUCACGCUUUAACCGUGGAAGGAGCCUGAGGAAGAAAAGGGAGAGACUUAAAGAGGAAAGACGUGCUCAGUCUGUGCCACGUGAUGAAGUGGUGCAAAGCAAGGAUAGUGCUUCUGCUGCUGAAGACACCCACAGCAGUGAUCCUGCUCAAGGGCGUGGUGACUUGAAAAAUGAAAGCCAAUUGCCUUCAUCGGAGCAAAGAGAGAAGAAGAGUAAAAAGAAGAAACCAGGAGAAAAGGUAUUGGCGCUUUCUGAUCCUUUACCCCCAGCGGAUCAGCAGAUACCUCCUGGUCCACAGCAAAACCCGACAAAACGCAGAAGCAAACAGCGCUGUGCAUCUCCACCACCACCCCAUGAAUUCAGGGCCUAUCAAUUAUAUACUCUGUAUCGAGGAAAGAAUGGAAAAAUCAUGCAGGCACCUAUAAAUGGAUGUCGUUGUGAGCCACUAAUACAUAAAGUAGAGAACCAGCUGGUAGCUGCUAUGGAAGAAAUAAAAGCUGAAUUAGUAGCAGUGCAAGAUAAGAUGAACAGCAAAUUAGGACAGAUGGAAAACAAAACCCAACAUCAGCUCCGUGUUUUAGACAAAUUAAUGGCAGAGAGGCUGUCAGCAGAAAGAGCAGAAUGUCUUCAUCGUCUUCAGCACACCGAGUUGGAAAGAAACGAAGGGGAGAAACGCCAGCUGUCUUUGGUCGGUGAAUUGAAAGCUUGGUGCCUGCUAAAAAUUCAGAAUUUAGAAAUGAAGCUUUCUGGAGAUUCUAGAUCUUCAAGACCAAAAUCCACUCUGUCCACAUCUGAGUCUCUGCCAGAGACUCUGGAUACAGAAAACCUUCACACUACAAAUGACUGUAAAACUCACCAAACCCCACCACAAUCAAAUGGGUCCCGUCAUCAUUCUGGCAUUCUGAGCCUCUCAGAAGAUACGGAACGGAGUGGCAUGCCAGUCACAGAGCAAAGCUUUGGAAAAAAGUAUUUUGUGGUUCAGCAAGAUAGCCCCUCAGGAACAGAGCAACAGUUAGUGGGUGGUGCUGUCCCGCCUCCUUCUGCAGCGUCUCCUCAAGUGGUUAGGCCAAAGGAUAAAGCAGGUUUCAACAGAUUGCAGCAAGAACUGCCAGCAGUGGAACAUUCAGUUUCCAAACUAAGGCAUGUAAAAGGACAAACUGUUUUGCAGGCCUCUCCUGAAUGUACAAAGGCAGAAUCGCAGAGUGGCUGCUUGGUAGACAAAGGGACUCAAACGAAGAAGCCAAGUAAAAGCGGUCAGUUGAAGCACAGGACCCACCAGCCAGUAGAAGCUCCAUCUGUGCAGCACCCACCUUCUGCCUGUGAAGGAAAGGAGUGCAGCCCUCAGCUGGCGGGCGCCUCUCAAGCUUUGGAAAUUACUCAGUACUUCUUUGAGGCUGUGUCAAAUCAGAUGGAGAAGUGGUACGAGAGAAAGAUAGAAGAAGCUCGUUGCCAAGCUGACGAGAAAGCUCAGGAAGAUAAAACUGUCCUUAAAGAACACAUUAAAAGUUUAGAAGAGGAACUGCAGAAGCUAAGGACUAAAGUCCAGAAGGAAAACUAGCCUUUGCAUGGCUCAAAGAAAAAAGGACACAUUGCUGUUUUCACAAACAAUAUGAGGGCAGGGAAUACUUAUGAGCUAUUUCACUCAUACUGAAGUUAUGCCUUUAAAGAUGAGACAGUAUCCAUGAAAUUAUUUGAGGAAACCAGUUUUCCUAAGCCAAUACUUUGUUGAUAGGCAAAAUGUUGUUUUAGUUCUAAGUAGUGCUAGUUGUGAUACUAAUUCUGGGUAGAAUGUGUUUGUUACUUAUUGGUGCCCCUCAGAUACACUGCUGGGAGUGAGUGAAUGUCUAUUCUUGUUUUUCAGUCUGUGUGCCAUUUUGUGAAUUCUUUAAGGUUUGAUUAUUUUAUAAUAAACUCUUUUAUUACAUAUUAAACAUUUUUUUAAGUUAGAGCA